GCUACAGCUACUGUGAGUAAAAGUAGAGCAAGCAGCACCAGCAGCCAGCCCGCCAUGCGUAGCUUGUUCAUCCUGGCGCUGAGCAGUCUGCUCUACACAGCGAGCGCCACGCCCGUCUUUGUGGAUAAUCCCAGCUUAGCGCAGUUUCAAUCUGGUCGCAAUAUUCGCCAUUUGCCAUGCAUUGUGCGCAAGAGCGGACGCUCGGGCGUCUGCAUGUUUGCCAUUGACUGCAUCAAACAGAACGGCACGCAUCUGGGCACCUGCAUAGAUCGCUUCUACUUUGGCUCCUGCUGUGCAGUUAAGGAGGAAGCUUCGCUGUUUGCGCCUGAGCUAAGCGACAACAGCAUAGAUCAGAAUACCAUUUCACACUUUGCACAUGAGUCAACCACAUUGCCCACCAGCGCGCUCUUCAAACUCACCACAGAGAGCGGAGUGAGCAGCAGUCACGCUCAGCAGCAACCACAGCACAGCACCAGCGAGCUGCUUAAGAAUGUAACACAAAGUUAUUUAAGCAGCUCCAAGCCAGUGCGCACCACUGUUAGCAGCAGCAGCCACAGCACACGUCGUCCGCCUGUAGCGCAUACAACACACAAGCACUCGCACUUUGUGGUGCGCACCACACAGAAGCCAAGUGCGCAGGAAACAACUGUCAAGCCGCUGCGUCGACGCACCACCAGCAGCAGCAAACCUGUGCUCACCACUGCGCCAGCUGUGGAGCAGCGCAUUGAAACCACCACAGCGCCCAGCAAAUUUGUUACCUUUCAAAUUGUAGAGACAACGACGCCGGCAGCCACUGAAGCCACCAAUCGCUGGCCUGAAACAACAACCACAACCACCAGGCGUCAGACUAGGCCAACGUCAACAACAACAGCGCCCAAGCUGAGCAAUAGAACAACCACUAGCAGCAGCAGCAGCAGCACUACAACAACAACAACUACAACAACAGCUCGACCUACACCACCGCUGCGCACCACUACAAGCAAACCAACACACAAGACGCAGUCUAACAGACGCCCAGCGUCCACUAAGAAACCAACAACAGCCAGCAAUGCCAGCACAACAACAACAGCUACCAGCAGCAGUGCAACCACCACAUUGCCUGCGCGUCGACCCACCAAUAGCACCACCAGCAGUACAACAACAACAACUACAAAGCAAACAGAGCGGCCCACACAUGCGCCCAGGCCCAAGCCACAGCCAACAGGCGAAAUUGUUAAAGUGCCUGCAUUGCUGGCCGAUGUGCCAACAGCAACAGCAGCAGCAACUAGCACUAAAGUAACGCGCAGACCCACAACAACCAGCAGCAGCAGCAGCUCAACAGCAACUAAAGUCACAACAACAGCAACUAAGAAACCCACAAGCAGCAGCAGCGCAGCAACAACAACAACAACGCACAAGCCAACACAUCGCACUACAACAAAACCUACAACAGCUGCACCAACAAGAACAACAACUACAACUACAACAACAGCAACAAGCACAGCGGCCACGCUGCUUACCACCGAUGCGCCUAAAUUGCCAGCAAAGCCCACAGCAACACCCGCGUCAGCAACAUCUGCAACAGCCGCAGACUUGAGCACCACGAAACCCGGUUUGAUCACUUGGACCGAUGUGGAGGCCGAGCCCAUAACCAAUGCAACAAUUGCCAGCAAUUGGCAGCCAGGUCAGCCAGCCGACUGGGUGCCAUUGCCCACUUUGUUGCCCGAGUUGUACAACAAAACGGUUGCCGACAGCAACACAGCAACGCCCAGCACGAGCACAAGCGUGAGCAGCAGCAGCAGCUCGAGCAGCAGCAGCAGCAGCAGUGGUUCGAGCACAGACAAAGUGAUUAUAUCGGUGGCAACAAGCGUUAGUACCAGCAGCGAAUCGAAGCCGGAUCAAAGUCAAAUGCAGACAACGACAAGCAAACCGCAGCGCACCACAAAGCCGCCAAAAGUUAGCAGCAAGCCAACAGCAACAACAACAACAACAACAGCAAGCAGUACAACGCCAGCAGCAGUAACAACAACAACAACAGUUGCUAACAAAACCACAGCAGCUGAAAGCAGCACAAGCAGCAUGGAAUUAGCAUCCUCAACAACAGCAGCAACAACAGUAUCAGCAACAGCAACCAGCGAGCCCAGCACUGAUCUAGGCAACGCAACAGCAACAACGGAUAACAACAUUGAGGAACUAAAUACCACAGUAACGCCAGCAAGUGGCUUGGAGGGCGUCGAUUACAAGGAAGUCUGCGGUCGUCGCAUGUUCCCCGAGCCGCGCAUUGUUGGCGGCGCAAACUCUGCCUUCGGUCGCUGGCCCUGGCAGAUAUCGCUGCGUCAAUGGCGCACCUCCACCUAUCUGCACAAAUGCGGCGCAGCGCUGCUGAACGAGAACUGGGCAAUCACCGCCGCACAUUGUGUUGACAACGUGCCGCCCUCCGAUCUGUUGCUGCGUUUGGGUGAAUACGAUUUGGCUGAGGAAGAGGAGCCCUAUGGCUUCCAAGAGCGACGCGUGCAGAUUGUUGCCUCGCAUCCGCAGUUCGAUCCACGCACCUUUGAGUACGAUCUGGCGCUGCUUAGAUUCUAUGAGCCGGUGGUCUUCCAACCCAAUAUUAUACCCGUUUGUGUGCCAGACAACGAUGAGAACUUCAUAGGCCAAACUGCCUUUGUCACAGGCUGGGGUCGUCUCUACGAGGACGGACCGCUGCCCAGCGUGCUGCAGGAAGUGGCUGUGCCCGUCAUCAACAACACCAUCUGCGAGUCCAUGUACCGCUCGGCGGGCUAUAUUGAGCAUAUACCGCACAUCUUUAUCUGCGCUGGCUGGAAGAAGGGCGGCUACGACUCCUGCGAAGGCGACUCUGGUGGCCCCAUGGUGUUGCAACGUGAGUCGGACAAGCGUUUCCAGCUGGGCGGCGUCAUUUCGUGGGGCAUUGGCUGCGCGGAGGCCAAUCAGCCUGGCGUUUAUACGCGCAUCUCUGAGUUCCGAGACUGGAUCAAUCAGAUCUUGCAGUUUUAGUCGCCGUAUAGUCUAUGCCUGUGUAUUAUGCCUAAUCCUUAGUGAAUGCCUAGCAACCAUAACGCAUCAAGACGCGAACUCGUGCUUCGGUUAUGGCCCACGCUUUAUAGCAAAGUAGCGCUCGCUCAUAAUCUGAGCAACGAUUUCGCUGAAUCUUCCAGUCCACCUGCUCGCCCCCCGCCAGCUACACAGCCCCCUAUGACAAGCAAUUCCAUUAUCAUAAUUUAUAAAUCUUAUAGCAUGCACACACUACUCCUCACUCACCCGCUCUCAAAACUAGUUAGUGAAUGUG